AUGUCGGUGGCUGUGGAGAUCUUCGGCUUCUUCAUCGCAGCCCUGGGGCUGCUGAUGCUAGGGGUGACCCUGACACACAGCAGCUGGCGAGUGUCCACCGUGCACGGGAACGUCAUCACCACCAGCACCAUCUUCGAGAACCUCUGGUACAGCUGUGCCACCGACUCCCUUGGAGUCUACAACUGCUGGGAGUUUCCGUCCAUGCUGGCCCUCUCUGGGUACAUCCAGGCCUGCCGCGCGCUCAUGAUCACCGCCAUCUUCCUGGGCUUCCUGGGCCUCUUCCUAGGCAUGGUGGGGCUGCGCUGCACGAACAUUGGGGAUCUGGAGCCCUCCAGGAAAACCAAGCUGGCGGCCACCGCAGGGGCCCUAAACAUACUGGCUGGUGUCUGUGGGAUUGUGACCAUCUCCUGGUACGCCUUCCACAUCACUCGGGACUUUUUCGACCCCUUGUACCCUGGAACCAAGUACGAGCUGGGCCCCGCCCUCUACCUGGGCUGGAGCGCCUCCCUGCUCGCCAUCCUGGGUGGCAUCUGCCUCUUCUCCAACUGCUGCGGCUCUCGGAACCAGGACCAAGGCGCCAGCAUCCGGCUUCCGUACAAGGCCCCGGCAAUGCCCGCCAAAAGCCUCGCUGCCCGCCUGCCCACCUCGGCCUCGGAUGAAGAAGGCGACAGCAGCUUUGGCAAGUACGGGAAAAACACUUACGUGUAGGUGGCCUGGCCUGUGGACCCCAUUCCCUUCCCACUGCCCCCAGUGGAGAGGGGUCCCCGUAAACCCGGGGCUGCAGGCGCAGGACCCUGCUCGCGGUAACAAGCUCAGGGCCAAGCCACGCUUCAGGCUCUGCCCCGUGCCCGGAAGCCGCGCCCAGCUCUGACCUCAGGCUCCGCCUUCCCUGUUGGAGCUCCGCCCUGGUCACGCCUCUUUCGUCUGGCCCCCUGGAUCCUCUCAGGCCAAGAACAAGCUUCCUGAGAACUCACCUCUGGCCCCUGAGGCUGGACCCCUCUUAACCUUCUGAGUCUGGGUUCUGGGCCGUUAAGGGGGCGGAGGCGUCCCCGAGUGUUUGUGGUCUGUAUAAAUACUUGCAUAAAUAAAUUUGUACUGCGAACUGUU